GGGCCCCGACUGCUGCCGCUCUUGUCUCUGCUCCUGCUGUUCCGGGACGCUGGCUGCAGCCGCUCGGACCAGUCGUGGCCCUCUCCGCCUGUGGUCGCUGACAGACUGCAGGAGUCUUCACCGGGGGACGCAGCCGCCACUGCCCUGGGUCAGGGCGCCCGGGACAUGGUCGCUGUCCACAUGCUCCGGCUCUAUGAGAAGUACAGCAGGCGGGGCGCACAGCCUGGAGGCGGCAACACUGUGCGCAGCUUCCGUGCCAGGCUGGAAGUGGUCGAUCAGAAGGCCGUGUAUUUCUUCAACCUGAGCUCCAUGCAGGACUCGGAGAUGAUCCUCACGGCCACCUUCCACUUCUACUUAGAGCCACCGCGGUGGCCCCGGGCACGAGAUGUGCCCUGCAAACCUCGGGCCAAGAGUGCUCCAUGCCGCCUGCAGCUCCCGGGCCCCACGCGCCUGCACGUGCUCUUCCACAGCCUGGCGAAGAACGCGGCCACCCAGGGGCUGCUUCGUGGAGCCAUGGCCCUGGUGCCACCACCGCGGGGCCUGUGGCAGGCCAAGGACAUCUCUGCCAUCGUCAAGGCUGCGCGCCGGGACGGCGAGCUGCUCCUGUCCGCCCAGCUGGACUCUGGGGAGAGGAACCCCGGGGUGCCCAGGUCCACCCCUCACGCGCCCUAUAUUCUCGUAUACGCCAAUGACCUGGCCAUCUCAGAGCCCAAUAGUGUGGCAGUGACACUGCAGAGAUACGACCCCUUUCCUGCUGGGGACCCCGCGGCUCGUGCCACACACAACAGCUCCUCGGACCCCCGCGUCCGUCGGGCUGCACAGGUCCCCGGGCCGCUACAGGACAACGAACUUCCCGGCCUAGAUGAGCUGCCGGCACGAGCACCCUUGGCCCCGCACUUCCAUAAGCAGGAGCUGUGGCCUGGUCAGUUCCGCGCGCUAAAGCCCCGGCCCCCGCGCAAGGAGCGCAGGAGGAAGGGCCAGAGCCCCUUCCCUGCCACCGCCUCGCAGGUGCUGGACUUUGAUGAGAAGACGAUGCAGAAGGCUCGGAGGAGGCAGUGGGACGAGCCGCGGGUCUGCGCGCGGCGGUACCUGAAGGUGGACUUCGCAGACAUUGGGUGGAACGAAUGGGUCAUCUCCCCCAAGUCCUUUGACGCCUACUACUGCGCAGGAGCCUGUGAAUUCCCCAUGCCCAAGAUUGUCCGCCCAUCCAACCAUGCCACCAUCCAGAGCAUCGUCAGGGCAGUGGGCAUCAUCCCAGGCAUCCCAGAGCCCUGCUGUGUUCCAGAUAAGAUGAACUCACUCGGGGUCCUCUUCCUGGAUGAGAACCGAAAUGUGGUUCUGAAGGUAUACCCCAACAUGUCUGUGGAGACGUGUGCCUGCCGGUAAGCCCUCUCUGGGGAAGGCAGUCUUGUGCCCCCUCAGGAGCUGGACCCGGACUGGCAGAGAAGCUGCAGGUGCAGGCAGAGCUUACAGGCAACCCUGCUGGGCCCAGAAAGAUCUUGGGUCUUCACUGCUGGUGACUGAACCCCCUGAUGCUUCCUGAGUCCCCACUCAGAAGGAGUCUGGAAGUAGCCCUGGCCUGAAGGUCACCCAUCAAUUCACUGUCCUCAAGGCCUGGCAAUGGGGCGUGUCUGGGACAUUGGUCUGUGCAUUCAUCAUCUCAAGACCUGGAAAGACUGUGCACGUCUAGGGGUGCUCACUCCUCCAUGCAGAAAGAACAGCUCUUUAAGUGCUUAGUUUAAAACUCUUCAGGCUACAAACUGGAAAAGGGGCCCAAUGGUGGCAUGUUUGGGUGUUUUCUUUCCCACUCCAACACAGAUGCUUUUCUACAUACAGUAUGCACAUAUAACCAUUGUGGGUUUCUUUCUUUUAAUAUAUAUUUUGUUUUAAAACCAAAAGGUGGGAAUUGACACCAUUCCCCACAGAGAUAAUCAGAUUCAUUAGGCUGGGUUGUUGAAAUAUAUAUGGAAGUAACAUAUACAGUAAUAUGUUGGAAUACUAAAAAAUAACCAAGAUUUUAUAUUUUUGUAAGUUAUACUUUGUAUACUGUAGAUUGUGUAUGUUCUGUGUUUUAUGGAAGGAUAAUAAACUAAAGGGACAAUGGUAUCUUGACAAAGUCAGCAUCCCCCAUUCCCAAAUAUCAAUCUAUUUCCACUUAUCCUAAGUCUAACAUCUGGGUGGAUGCUGGGGACACUGACCUUUAGGACUGGUGGAGGCCCCAAAGUCAUCUCCAUACAUUCUGUCUGUCCCAGCUGGCAGAAAGCUAGCUGCCCUUAGGCCUUGCAGGACACUGCCCAAACCCCUCUGUCUUGCAAAUCCCCACCCUAGCUGGCAUCGAGAGGGGCAUGGCUCAUGCAGGCACAGUGGCCUUCUGGGAGGUGACCAGGACAUAUCUGAGGCCUAUGAAGGACAAUCUGCAGUUGCCUGUUGCUCCUGACAGAAGAAAGAGGCCUUCUACAUAGAGUAGAUCAAUCAGGAAGAGACGGCACACAACCCUCUGGAGGUCCAGGUUCAGUAGGCACUGGAAGGACUGUGUGUUCUCUUGUGCAUGCUUAUAGCAGCCACCCAGAAAAUCCGUCACAAAACAGCCACUCCCAGGUGGCUCCAUUGUGCCUGCCAUUUGUAUAGCCUUCCUAUGGUCCCCACUGGCUGGCAAUUCUGAAACGAACCUGAGUGCAAUUCAAGGUAGGUGCAUCCUGAUCCCCAUCAGAGGGACCUGAGAGGAUGGUGUGGCCCUGAGUUAACCCAUGGAGACUGUGAAGCUGCUAGAUGCCUCCCUAUAGCCAGGGCUCCUGUAAGAGGCGAAGAGAAGGCUCUGCUCCCUGACCCUCUAGGCCUCCAGCUGCCCCUGAGUAGGGAGAUGACAAUCCCAGUUCCCUGGCCCUUGUCUGAGGUGCUGUGCCCAAUCUGAAUAAAGGUGCAGGAGUGGCUCCCUGGGGAGCCCAGCAGCUGGGUGGCCCCUCCCACAGAAGGGUUAGCUUGGUUUUCAAUGUCUGAUCCUUUUCAGAACAUGGCAUGAGAUGAAACAAAUUUAAACAUUGAGGCUUGAAAAGACACCAAGUCCUUUCUUCCAAAUAUGAGCCCCUUUGUGUGCACCCCUCCUACCCUCCACUCCAUGUUCCCCCUUAAACCAUUGAUAAAGAUGGGGAGUCCUGUGAUGGCUUUAUUUUAUUUUUUCUGGCGUCUGUACUUUCAAGACUUCAUUUCUGGAUUUCUGGAAUGGGGGUGGGGUAGACUCUCCUCAGGCCUAGUAGGUGCUGUCUUCCCCAAGUGUGCCAUGAUGGCUUUGUGGUAUGGAGAGGCCAUGGAUGACACAUGUCCCCUCUCUGCAGUGGAAGGAUCUGGUGACAUUAGGGACCCCUCUAGUUCACAGAGCAGCCUGUGCUUGUCUUGGUAGCAUAUGGCAUCUUAUUUAGUCUCAGCACCUUUACAGCUUACAGCCUGAUUGGUGCCACAGCAAACAAGCUCAGGGAGCAUAAGUAACACGUCCGCUAAUGUCUUUCUGAGACUAUGGGUCAUGUCAAGAUUGAUACCCACAGCUGCCUGAGUCAGGGUCCACAUGACUGGCCCUACCCCAGACUUCCUGGCCAGUGGCCCCUUCUACAGGUCUGUUAGGAUUGUCCGAUGUCACUGAGUGUCAUCAUAGGAAAGCAAGAUUUAAGGAGGGGUAUAGCUCAGGGGUAAAGUGUAUGCCUAGUGUGGAUGAAGGCCUGAGUCUGAAUCCUAGCACAGAAGAAGAAGGAAGAGAGGAGAAGGAGAAAACAUAUGGAUAAAAUAGCUUCUUCUCCCUUAAACUCAAAAGGUCAACAUUAUAUUGUCACCAGAGCCUAAAGAUUCCAACACACAGCCUAGUUGGGCAUGGGUUCCUGCGGUCACUCAGCUGCUGGUGUCACUCUACAGGGAGUGAUACAGUGACCUGAUGCUGGGCCUUGGUCCUGAACUUACAAGAUGUGACUGAAAAAUAUGGUGAAUGUUUACAUUUUAAAUUUUAUUACAGUAAAAAUCCCAUUGCCAUU